AGAAGGAGAUAAACAAGGAUCACGAAUAUGUUACUCAAGAUAAAACGACGAGAAUGGAUAAAAUAAGGAGAAAGCUACCCCUUAACAGUACCACCGUAUCUGUAUGUUGCAAAACUUGAGCUAUACGAUGAAAUACCUACCCGCGAGACCCCUCCGAGCACUACACGUGCUAACUCUGCUCCACACGUGUCUCCUUGUGCCUCUAACUGCAUCCGUUCCAGACACUAGACUCAAAAUGGUUGAUUAUAACGACGAAACGCGUGCCAUGCAUGUAAAUAGAACCAUAGCCGCUCCAGCGCGCGCUCACAUGGAAUUUCCACAUCACGAAACCGAUACAAAAAUGGAAGAAAAAAAAGCCAAGAAAAUUGCGAGCGAGUUCCGAUCAGAGUUCCUGCAAAUGCUCCGUAAGAGACGAACUCCUCGAGUUCCGUUAACCACUGAAAUCGUAAAACCAGUGGAGAAUGCUUGGUAUCAGAAGAACUCUCCUUCAUCGAAAAUCGAUGAGGAGAUUAUGAAAUCUUGUCCAAAGAAAGACAUUGAGAAUUUCAAAGAUUUGCUCAAGGAGGAGAAUCUGUAUUUAAAUACAGAAGAAGGAGAACAAGGAAAGUUGCCUCUGUUGAUUUUGAGUUUGAAGGAAAGUGAUAAACAGAUAAAAAGACCUGCAGUUGUUUUCCUUCACGGUACAAACAAGUAUAAAGAAUUUUUGCGUCCAUUGCUAGAGGCAUAUGCUUCGCGAGGAUACAUAGCAAUCUCGGUUGAUUCCCGUUACCAUGGUGAACGAGCAAAGAGCGCCACCACCUAUCGCGAUGCUCUUAUUUCUGCAUGGAGAACUGGAAACACAAUGCCAUUCAUAUAUGACACGGUAUGGGACUUGAUUAAAUUGGCAGAUUAUCUAACACAGAGGGAAGAUAUAGACCCCUCUAGGAUAGGAAUCACUGGAAUAUCCCUUGGAGGAAUGCAUGCAUGGUUUGCUGCAGCUGCUGAUACUCGCUAUGCAGUAGUUGCUCCUAUAAUUGGUGUUCAGGGAUUUCGAUGGGCCAUAGACAACGAUAAGUGGCAUGACCGAGUUGAUAGUAUAAAGCCUGUAUUUGAAGUGGCUCGUCAUGAUUUGGGUAAAAGUGCUAUCGACAAAGACGUAGUCGAGAAGGUGUGGGAUAGGAUUGCUCCUGGUUUAGCUUCCAAGUAUGAUUCUCCCUACUCAGUUCCAUCUAUUGCACCCCGUCCUCUACUUAUAAUCAAUGGUGCGGACGAUCCUAGGUGUCACCUUGCCGGAUUGGAAAAUGUAAAGUUAAAAACAAGUCAGAUAUAUGAAGUGUUUCAAUGCUCAGAUAAUUUUAAGUUUAUGGCAGAACCUGAAAUCGCACAUCAAAUAUCAAAAUUUCAGGUGAAAGAGUCGUCGGAUUGGUUUGACAAGUUUCUAAAGCCUCAGCAACUUAAGCCUAAACUGUAAAAUGAUAAAAAAAAGCUCUCUCUGGCUCAUGUUACAAUUUUGUACUUAAUAUAUAUCUCCUAGUUCAUGUAUCCCAUAGUCCAUGUUAAUUAUGUUAUAAUUUUCUAAUUAAUGUAUCAUCCCCUAUUCCUUGUAAAUUAUGUUAAAAUUUUCUAAUAAAUGUAUCCUUCCCUAGUCCAUGUUAUCCUAAUAAAAUGUAGAACCAUAGUUUUAUGUGUCUGACUUA